AUGCCGGGGACCCGGCUAGCACUCCUGGCGCUGGUGCUGGCUGCUUGCGGGAAGCUCGCACUGGCCCUGCAGUGCUACACCUGUCAGGAGCCCACGAGUGUGUCCAGCUGUGUCAGCAUCACCACCUGCAACGCCAGUGAAACCAUGUGCAAGACCACGCUCUACUCCCUGGAGAUUGUGUACCCCUUCCUGGGGGACUCCACAGUGACCAAGUCCUGCGCCAGCAAGUGUGAGCCCUCGGACGUGGAUGGCAUCGGCCAGACGCGGCCAGUGUCCUGCUGCAACACAGAGCUCUGCAACGUGGACGGGGCAUUUGCCCUGGACGGUCCCUGUGGCCUGGCCUUGGCCCUGGCCCUCACACUUAUCCCCCUGUUGAGCCUCUGA